AUGCAAAACCAAGGCGACCACCGCAUCGCCGGCGCGGAGGAGCACCACGCGACGGAAUCGUCGCCGCUGCUGCCGACGUCGGCGCCUCAUGACCACGCUGCCGCCGCUCACGAGCACGAAGGCGAGAGCGGUCGCCGUGGCUUCCACCCCUAUCACUUCUUCCGCGUUCUCUGGCGCAGCUCGUGCACCGCCUCGAUGCUCGUCAACCUGCUCUGGCCCGUCGUUCCCGUCGCCAUCCUCCUGCAGUUCUUCCCCCGCCUCGACCUCGUCAAGUUCACGACGGCCUACGUCGCCGUCAUCCCGUCGGCCAACCUCUUGGGCUUUUCCGGCCAGGAGUUUGCCCGCAAGAUGCCCAAGGUCGCAGGCAUCUUGAUCGAGACGACGUUUGGUUCCAUCAUCGAAAUCAUCCUCUUCAUCAUAUUGAUCAGCAAGCACGAGGCCGGCGGCGAGCAGAACCUUGUCCCCAUCAUCCAGGCCGCCAUCCUCGGGAGCAUCCUGACCAAUCUGCUCCUCUGCCUCGGCCUCUGCUUCUUCUUCGGCGGUCUUCGCCAGUCGACGCAGAGCUUCCACGCCAUCGUCUCCGAGGUUGGCACCGGCCUCUUGCUCGUCGCCGCCUUCGGCCUCCUCAUCCCCAGCGCCUUCUACUCGGCCCUCAAGGGGGAGACGGUCCCGGAACUCCCGCCCGGAUUCCGUCCUCACAACGACGGAACCUUUACCGAGGGCAAGCUUCAAGCCGACGUGCUGCGCAUCAGCCAGGCCACCUCGGUCGCCCUCAUUGUCGCCUUUGCCCUCUACAUCUGGUACCAGGCCAGCAGUCAUCAUAGCAUCUUUGACGAGGUCAUCGAGAUGGACGAGCACCGCGACGCCGAUCGGGAAGCCGACGCCGAGAAGCCCAAGUUCACCAUGACCGAGGCCCUUGUCGCCAUCGGCGUGUCCCUCGCCUUGGUGACCGUGCUCCUCGUCUUUCUCGUCCAAGGCAUCGAACCCGUCGUCGAGAGCGGCGUGCCCGAUCAGUUCCUCGGCCUGAUACUGCUUCCGCUCGUCGAGAAGGCGGCCGAGCACCUGACAGCCAUUGACGAGGCUUGGGACGGGGUCAUCAACGUCGCCCUCUACCACUGCCUUGGUCCCUCCAUCCAGACGGCCCUCUUCAACGGCCCUUUGGUCGUGCUCAUUGCCUGGGCCAUGGGCAAGCCGAUGGAUCUCAAUUUCGAAAUCUUCAUGAUUGUCCUGCUCGUCUUGUCCAUCCUUGUCGUCGGCAACUUUCUCCGAGACGGCGAGUCGAACUGGCUCGAGGGUGCCUUGCUUGUCAUUGUGUACGCCAUCGUCGCCAUCGCAUCCUGGUACUACCCGAACCCCGACGUCGCGACCUCGAAUGGGCUGCUGCCGAACGCGCCCGAUGCGGCCAUCAGCGUCGACACGCUUCGCCAGCUGCAGCGGCUCCUGAGCUCGAAGCUCGACGAGUAA